ACCAUCCGCCAUAAUAUACGAAUCUUUGUGUUUCUUUCUUCUCAGAUUAAUUUCGUGUUUUGUAUGUUGCUAUGCCUUCCUCUUGGUGUGCUGUUCCGGAUUGUUUUCCACCCUAGACGUGUUUCUGCAAGCGCAAGGCGACUUUUAGGACUUGUCUGGGGUUUGGCACUAUCGUGGUUUUGUUUCAGCUGGUAAGAAUCCCACCAUCAAUACAAACCCUGCUGCUCACUUGCUCACAUUCAAAUUUCAAGUCACGCCACAAUGUUUAUUUUACAAAAAUGAUCAGCUCGUGCGAUCUCAUCUUGCACAUUUUACAAGACUUCUCUUCUUUUACUUCGUCUUUACCAUAAUUUCUUUUGAAAAAAUAAAAAUUUAAUCGGGUAUUAGUUGGUAAGAAGGAAAAUGAUAAUGAUGUAAUUUAUGCAUAGUUGACGAACAUGCACACAUUUGAAUAAUUGUUAACAUUUCUCAAUAACAGGUUCUGCUUGAGAUAUCAUUUAUUAGCUGUUGAUGAAAUUCUUUCAUUUACUUAAUUACAAAAAACCCAAUGAUUAUAUUUUAAUGUCAACAAUAGCAUAGCGAUGCAGCGUGGUUAAAAUUGAAACGAAUAACGUUUUAAAAACCAAAAGUUUGAUGAUGUAAUAGAACAUGCCGCGAAAAUUAAUGCUGUAAAUACGACAGAGAUAUUGUUAUAAUAUUGCAUUUUAACUUGUUAUUUGGACAGUUGGUAAGACCUGUCAAUGAAACCGCUCUCCUAUUAGCAUUUCUCGCCUUAUGAGAAAAGCUUUUCAAAUAAAGCAGUUAGAUAAUAGGGUGACUUCGUACAACUCGUUUCUUAUAUGCUAAUGAGACGUGGACAGGUAUUACUACUAGUAACUAGUGUAGCUAAAUGUCGUGGGUCGUGCGUAGGGGUCGUGGGUUGUGGUGCGGGUCGAGGUUAAAUUUCGUGGGUAAAAAUUAAAAAAAAAAAAAGAAGAAAGAAGAAAGAGAGAUAGAGAGAACACAGAAUUACAGCCAAGAUCAGACUCGUGUUUAUGAAAUAUUUCAAAAACUCAUUAAUAAUUCAUAAGCCCAUUAACCUAUCAAAUGGUAGAUAAUACUUCACGUGUAUUAUUAGUAUGCGGUGUUUUAUCAGAUAUAAAGACACUGCACGUGACUUAUGAAUAUUAAUUAAUUAUCAACACAGAAACUGACACAACAAAUGGUGGGAACAUAUUUAAUGUUCUUUCAACAAAUUUCACUCAGUAAAUUUACUUUUGCACCAAAUUAAUAGUACAGUUGUGAAAUACACAUCUGGAAAAAUUCUCUAUUCCAUUAGUACAGUAAUCUGGUAAAGGCAUCUUAGACAAUACAUCAUCUGAAACUUCGAAUUCAAGAUCAUGUUUUUCUCGUAUGUUAAUUUCUAACGUUCACAAAAGCAUAAUUGUUAUGAACUCUCUUGACACACGCUUUUCCGAGAAUGUUUUUGAAGCCGUUCAAAAAACUCGCAGCACAUGUUUUAUCGGGUCAAAAACCCGAUAAAACACUCCUGCUCGUUUUUUAAACAUUACUUAACAAAUAGAUUCCAAGUUUAUAUUGUUAAUAUCAGUAAUAAAUCACAGAUGACGUCAAUAUGUGGUAAGAACAAAAACGUCACUGAUAUUCUUACCACAUUUUGACGCCCUCUGUGAUCUAUUACUGAACAGACGCACGGCAACUUGGAAUCUAUUUGUUUUAUACAAUAAAGAAUUAAAAUUUAUGGAAAAAAGUUUUAACGAGGACUUCAUCUAUAAGUCUGUCCUCUAAUAGAUCAUAAGUGAGAACCAAUCAGAAUGCGUGCAUAACUGAGCUUAUUAUAUAAUUUAAAUUAAUACACUGAUCCCUUCCCUCAAAAGGGAGUUUUAAUCCAAUGUCUUAUUUUGUUUACAUUAUUUUGUUUAACAUGUAACUUCUCCCUUUGAUAUUCAUACGUUUUCUAGCGAACGGUUUAUGAGAAUAUUCAAACUUAUCAGGCAGAAGUUUUUAUCUUGAUCUUACACCAAAUUCUCGUAACUAAUUUACAAGGAAUAUGUAGCAGCUAGAGGAGAGAAUUAACAAUCAGAUCUUGGGAGGUAAAGCGUUUCUUUGCCAGUGGGAAUGUAGAGGUCUGCAAGGCGAGUACAGGAGGUUCAGCACUGAUAAUGUUUUUAGUGCCAGCUCCCUAGCAAUCUUCUCCCUCCUGACUCGUCUCCAAUCUUCCUGCCAGCGGAGAAAUGCACGUCCUGCAGCGCUUUUAAUGAAGGCCUGCUCGAAGUCUAGGAAUGAUGCGAUCAUUGCUGAAUUGUAAAACAGUUGGACGUGAUACAUCAAGGGAUAUGAACCAUCCUCCUUUGUCCCGUUACGAUCUUUGCCUGUCAGUAAUGGAGGUUUUUCUUAUGGUCCAAUCUGCAGGGAAAUUUUAAUCCUUAUCGGACUGAGCGCUGUGUGUUACAUGUUUACCUCGCUUGCAAAUCCUGCGGUAGUUCACAGGUAUGUCCCGUCUACUUCCAGUCGAACCAAUGCGAAGAUGUUAGCAAUUGACAUUUAGUCUCGUGUUAACCUAUUUUUGUUUCCUUUUACAAAUUUCUAUGAACGUUUCAAGUUUUCCCAUAUGUAUUUCCGAGACUGCCGUCGUUUUUAAUGUUUAACUGUGAAAUUCUACAAGGCGCGCAGCGGGUCAAAAUUAAUACUCUCGCGCAUGCCCAACGGUUGACCGAUUACGGACCUAGGUUCGAUUACCGAGCACUAUUCGGGAAAAGAGCCCGCGCUCCUCCCCCUAAGAAAGAGAACAAAGACAGAAACGAGAAAACGGCGAAAAUCAAGUUUAUUACGCACCUUAGGGCAUCGGGGUCCUUAGUCAGGGGACUCAUGAGGUAAUUGUCACUCGGAGCGGAGGAGGGAGAGGGGGUGGGGUAAAGUGACCAAAGACUGUCUCGCUCUGACUGGCAUUUGAUGACAAGUCAGACUGGUUUAUUUUUUUAAUUAAAAUCGUCAUUAUCGUUUUAAUUAUCUUUAUCUUUUUUCUUAUUUUCAUUUGUGUCAGAUUUGUAUUUAUCGCUGCAAUGGGGACGUUGUCUGUGGCCCAUAUUUAUAGACAAGUAACAAACUACGGAGAACACGCUGUAGAUUUCUCUGGGUGAGUGUAUCUAUCCUAAUAUGACCAACUUUCCUAACAGGCACCGAAAUGGUGAUAAAAACUGCAAACUAAGCCGCAUCGCGUGAAAACUGUGCAUAUUAAAAUCAAAUAUAUCUCUUUAUGUUUAGUUUUCAUCGCAGCCAUUGUUUUGUCUCGUUCAACUUACAAUCCUCCCGCCUGCCAUGUAACACAAUCGCGCUCACCGUAAGAAAGAACGUCUGAUCGUAGGUAAGGUCUUGUCACGCAACGCAACUGAUGAGAGCGCGCGUGAGAGGACUACUUUCUGGGCACCCAUCUUUGUUUGAGAAAACAUCUUUUAUUAUCUAAGCGCCUUCUACACGGGUCGAUGAGGUUAUCAAUUAUCGAUAUUGGGGCUUAUUAGGCGAGACUGUCCCGCCAUUGCGCAGGAUCACGAUUAGAAGCCAUGAAGAAUUACUUGAUCUGAAGGCCACUCGCGCGAGAAGGGCAGCCUGGUGACGAGUUUUGCACUGACUUAUCUUUGGUUGCUUUUAGCCCACUGAUGUUGAUCGUUCAGAGAGUUACUUACAUAGCAUUCAAUCUACACGAUGGUAAGUUGAUAACAGAUGAUCUAUGUCUUUGUUAAAGCAAGGGUUUUAGUUCUGGUAGAAAUAACCUCUAAUAAAGCCGUAAGCCAUCGAACUCUGUGUAGUGUGACCUUCAAGAAUGUUCUAGAAGUAGCUGUGUCAUGCUGAGUCAUCCUUGAAUCAAUAUAUAAAUAGAAUCUGUUGUAAUGUUACGGAACGUUCUAGAUCCUCAACCGUACCUAUAGAAGCCGAGCUUGUAACUAGAUGUAGAGAGUAGUUUAGUUGCUGGUAUAGCCCGACAGAUAUCAAUAAAGGUGUAUGCUGCAGAAUACAAGACGUCCACACUUCACUAUGCCCGGAGAAUUAACACGCCCUUACGUUUUUGUCACAGUAUUGCAUUAGGCUCGAUUACCAGGCCACUUUUCGGGAAAUGCGCCUGCAUUUCCCCCACGGGAGGAUCGAAUGAUCGGAGCCGAGAAAACGGCAGAAAUGCUAACGACCAUUUUUUUGGGGGGAAACGAGUCUAGGCGUCUCUCUUCCCUCCAGCUUCCCGGGGGAGGAGAGAGUUAUCUUCAUCAUCCCUUCCCCCCAUUCCUUUGCCGAUAUUGGAUUGAAAAGCCUCCCUUAUCGCAUUGUUGUUACUAUGGAGAAUGCGGGGGGGGGGGGGAGGAGCCGCUAGAAUGUGAUCCCCUCUUCUUUGCCAAUGGAUAUUCCGUGUUGUCGCUAUUCUAAACCAUCCUUUGCUUUGUCAACAGGAAUUGCGAGAGAGGAGAGCGAUCUAACAGAUGAGCAAAGAAAGGAAAAACUCAAGUAAGACUUUUAGUCUUCCAUUGUUAUUUUUUCCCCUGAAAACCCAAUUGACUCAUUUAAGGCGCAGUUUCUAAUCCGUGUAUGUAAACCAAACCUUGAGAAAUCACAACCAAUCAGAAUUAAGAAAAAGUGUUGCAAUGAGAGAAUGAGAUCCCAAAGUAAACUGCAAAAAUGUUUGAAAACGAGAGUAACCAGCAAGCAAUUGGAUAGGAUAAAGUGUCAAGUUUCCUUCACCAGUUACCAAGUAAAGUGAAUCAAAACGAACACAGUCCUGUUAAAUAAUGCUUUCGACACUUAAUGGAACAUUAGUAUAGGUUAUAACAUGAUUCUGACCACACUCACUCAUUUUCAAUGUGAAAAGUUUAUUUAGGAUGGGCCAGUCUUGUAGUCUUGUAGGGUUAUAGCGGGUUUCGCCCAUAACGAGUUUCGCACAUAUCGUUUCGCCCAGAACGAGAAUGGUUUCGCCCAGAACAAUAAAGGUUUCGCCCAUAAGUAAAACUUCUACACUCUCACUCGGAAGACGUCAACCUUAUAAACGUUUGUAUGCACAGAAUGAAGAAAAGUGACUUGACCUGAGAUCAUGAAAUUUUGAAACGAACAAGUUACUGUUGAAACGAACAAGUCAAUUAUAGCUUUCACUGUGGAGCGGGGAUUGUUAAGGUAAUUCGCGCACGAAAUACUGCAGAGACGUCCGUUUGUCGUAAAAGCAUUACUAUGAUGUUUUUGCAUCACUUUUCUUCUCGAGAAUUAAAUUAAACGCUUUUGAAAACACUUGCGCGUGGAACAUAUCAUCGUUGCAAAUCUUUUGUACACGGAAGAUAAGUUCCGCACGCCAGCUUAUGAAUACAUGUGAAUACGGUUUCGUGAAUACUAAAACAAAGGAAUCGAGAGUUAAAGAUUGUAUUUCUGACAUAGGUAACGGCAACACAUAAUUGGAAAAGAGAUAGAAACUAGUCAAGUUGGGCGAAUCGAAUUUAUGCCUGGGCGAAACCAUUCUCGUUAUGGGCGAAACGCUUCUUGGGCGAAACUCGUUAUGGGCGAAACCCGCGGAUACCUCUUGUAGUAUUCGCAUCCAAAUAGAAUGAGUCAGCCAGUCUUGUAGUGUAUGUAUCCUAAUCUUAGCUUGUGUACACUAAAUACUAAGGUUUCUACGAAAAGAACCUGUGCUACGCCAGAUACGAAAAACCACCAAAAUACCACUCUUUAGAUGUGGCCAAAAAAAAUGUGGAAACGUAUUCCUCAUCUAAUGCAGUAGUACAAUACCCCGAGGAAAGGGCAAACUAACCUGGUUACACUGCUAAUCACAUACUAAAAAUAAUUGAAUAUAGUGAUAUUUUACAGAGAUUUAAAAAAGGCAAAUUACAUCAAUACGAAAAAAAAAAGUUGUAAAACAUAAGACUAAUUCUGCCAUCAGAAUGUUAAUUUCUGACUGAUUCGUUCCCAUGUCACUCAAACGUCAGAAAUUACAUAUUUCGAGUGCAAUUUGAUAAUAAGAACCAUGAGUAAAUUUUUCAAAGAAAACAACAUUAGAGGUGCCCGUUGGGCGCGUGCAAUUUGUAGUUUUUGAAAAAUUUACAAGUGCUUAUUACACCAAAUUACACGAGAAAUCUUUUUAGAACUUGUUGAUGAUGUACAUGAAAUAGCAUCACAGAGAGUCGAGAUAGUCGAAAUUUUGAAAGCGCGCACGCGCUAUUUAUAAUUGCACGCGUGUUACAACUUUGCACUCGUGUUGCACGAGAAUGCACUCGUUUUCAGCCAAUCAGAAGCGCGUAAUUUUUUCAUGUACAUAUUACUCCGGCAGCAUGUGUACUGUAUCCAGGCCUUCCACGACUUAGCGUUGAGAUCGUAAAUUGGCGCUGGAUAAAAAGUCAUAUCGCAAAUCCAGUUCUGCAAUAUUUCAUUUACAACAUCUCAUUUAUUCGUUAUACAUUUAUGAAGACUUUCUCUGAGAACAAGGGGAUUAGUACUGAGAAAUCAUAGACUUACUCAGAAGUCACAUUAGCUGAAUUUUUCCCUCUCACUGUUACUCGUUUUCAUUUCUAGUAAAACUCGGUGGUUUUUUUUUUACUUUAGAAAAGUCCCGUCUCUGUUGGAAUACUUCAGCUACCUGUUCCAUUACAGCACAAUUCUUGCAGGACCAGUCUGCACGUUCAAGGAAUUUAACGAUUUUAUCGAUGGCUCAGAUAUUAGACCUAAGGUAUUAUAUUGUAAACACUUUAAAAAAAUUAAAUAUUCUUUGCCUCACUGACCAAACAAAAUUACAAAAGCGCAAGAAAAAGUCAAUCAUUUCAAAUGCGCGGACGAACUUGUAGAUUUUGACAUAACCGUGGAAUCGCACUCAGUUUGUUUCUUUUUCCUUUAAUUUUAGAAGCCUGGCGAAAAAGAACCCUCGCCUUUGGUAAGAUAGUUUUAUCGUUUUCAUUUCAAAAUUUCAAAUGACUUGGAGCACGCGCAUUUAUUCCUUUGUGUGUUUCUUGUCACUCUGCUUCAGAUGGAUGUUUUAAAGAAAAUGUUGUCUGGUUUCUUGUGUGUGGUUAUUUUAUUCCUGACUGGGGGACAUUAUCCGAUUUCUAAAAAUGCAGGUAAGGUGGUUAGUUUGUAGGAUGGUCAGAUGUUCAAUCCUUAUGGGCAUAUGUGAGUCAGUGUACUUUUUCAGUUUAGGUCGGUCAGCGAGUCGGUAGGCUGCUAUUUGGUCAGUUAAUGGGUCAUGCGGUAGGGCAGCCAGUCAGUACAGUCAUUCAAUCCAUCAACUAGUCAGGAAGUAAUUCAGUCAGUUUGUCUGUCAGUCAGUCAGUCAAUCAUUGAGUCUUUCAAUCAUUCAGUCAGUCAGGCAUUCAGUCCGUCAGUCAGUCAGCCAGUCAGUCAGUCAGUCAGUUAGUCAGUCAGUCAGACAUUCAGUCCGUCCGUCUUUCAGACAGUUAGUCCGUCCGUCAGUCAGUCUGUCAGUCAGUAAGUUAGUGAGUAAGUUAUUUAGUCAGAAAAUCAGUCAGUCCGUCAAUCAAUCUGUCAGUCAGUAAGUUUGUGAGUCAGUCAGUCAAUAAGUCAGUCUGUUAGUCAGUCACCUAGUCAGUCAGCCAGUCAAUCAGUUAGUCAGUCAGUAAGGUAGCCACUCAAUCAAUCAGCUGAUCAGUCAGUCUCCAGUCAGUCAUUCAGUCAGACAGUCAGUUAGCGCAACGAGCUAUGUACUAUUUCAAUUUAUAGCUACUGUAAAAAAAUCUUUUGUCUUUAAAAUUUGAAUCAUCAGAUCCCAAGUUUAUAGCAUCUGAACCAUUCUACUGGAGAGUUAUAUACGGCUGGAUUAGUGGCACGGUUGCUAAGCUGAGAUACUACUUUGCCUUUAAAGUGGGUAAGUGAUCAACUUUACCUUUACCAGUCUUCACUGUCACAUCUUGUUUUCUCCCUUCCAUCCCCUUUUCUCUUUCUUUCAGUUCCUCCCCUCCAUGCAUUGUUCAUCUCUGUCGUCCUUGUCUUUUUCCUGGCUUCUUUACUUGUCAAUGCGUGGUGCAAACACAGAAAUUUUAGAGUCUGAUUAUUAGUGAUUUCCUGUUGAAUAUUUCAGCGGAGGCCGUGAAUAACAUGGGAGGUCUGGGUUUUAAUGGUUACGACGAAAAUGGAAAAGCCAAAUGGAAUCGAGUCACUAAUGCUAAUAUUCUUAAGAUCGAGGUACGAUGUUUCUUUUUUUUGGUAAACGGAGAGUACUUAGUUAGUUUAAUACAGCUGACGUGAUUAAACUGAAAUAUGCUUUAGUCAAAAUAAGUAAAGUUAGCGAUCAAGCUUAAUGGCUCAUUUGACCGGAGACACGAGAAUGUUGCCACUCGCCCCCCCCUGGAGGGGAUGCCAGUUCGUCGUGGGCUACCCUCCCCCCCCCUCCCCGUACGAAUUUCGCUAGCUUCCUCUAGAAAUACGUCGAUAUCCUUUUUCCAAAACCUAAUCCGGCGAGGCGCUGUGGGAGAAUAGGGUUUUGUCCAAAAACACAUUGAAAUGAGCUGGCCUGGGUCUUGAACCGAGACCACUCCUUAGGAAUUCCGACGUACUUGGCAUGAUGCCACCGACAAGUGAAUUUCUAAAUCUGCCGUUUUUAUUCUCUUCUAGUUCGCCACUAGUAUGAAAAUGAUGAUGGACAACUGGAAUAUUUCCUCUGCACUCUGGCUGAGAAGGUUAGACAUUUUACACAAUUUUGUUCCACAGAGUGGUUAACUGGAGGUUGACUGCACUUAGGGGUACUAGAGAGAGGAGUGUGCAAAAAUUCAGGGUCCCCUCCCACCAUACAUAAGUUAGGCACUACUGCGAACUAAACUAAGAAACCACAAGUUGGUUGUUACGUGUUUUAAACACCGGGAAUUCAUUUAAUGUUUAGCAUUUCUGAUGCGGAGUUUAUUGAACGUCGCUUAUUCGAGAGCGGGACGUUUAUCUUAAAUCACUAAUAACAAUUACCCGGUAAAUCACUUGAAAAUAUUAUGGAAAACUUUUUUUAAAGCUAUUACUUUCCAAGGAUUGUGUAGAUUACUGAGUAGUGAAUUACUUGUCAUCGCAUAUCUUUAUGAUACUCGGAUUCAAGUUCUUUUCAUCUAGUUGCGUGCGGUUUUUAUUCGAGGGCGGCGUUUAUUGGUGAAGAACCGGUCAUUCUGGUCAUUAUUUGGCGCCAGACGGGGUUGGGGGUCGGAGAAUUUUGGCAGUGUUACAAAAAAUGUACCUGAUCGCCCUAUUAUGUACUGUAGUAUUCUCAUGAUUUCCUCCCCCCCCUUCAUUGGCAUACAAAUUUCUAAAACCAUGUGAUCCCGCAAAAUCCUCUGACCGACCCCCCUCCGGCGAUAAAUUUUGACAGGUCCCUAAUUGGCUCCUAUCCGCUGCGUUUAAUUGAGUCUACAUUAUUUCCUAAAUACUUUUUGUCAGAUAUCUUAACUGAUAACACUGGAAAAAAAAACCGAAGAGGAUUUUUCUCACAAUAUUCAAUCUUUUCAGGACAGUUUACGAACGAGUCACCCACCACAGAACACUUGCUGUUUUUAUCACGUCCUCAGUCUGGCAUGGGUUCUAUCCGGGAUACUACAUGAUGUUUCUGACAUUUGGACUUAUGCUAGAAGCGGGAAGAAUGGUAACUAACGUCGCGUUAAUUUAAUUUAGAAAAGAUCUUUAAAAAAACAUGUUACAUCUCUGCUUCUGGUCAAUCGGUAGGAAAAAGAUUAGUUAAUCUUAAUUUGAACAGGUGUCGAAGAAGGUAAAGGAUGCCUUAUUAUUAGUCGUGUGAAUUAACCUAACAGCUUGCUUCUUCAGAUCGUUUUUUUCAAUGCCCAACUCGCUUCUUUGGCUCUCUUCUUGUAUGUGUUUAGGGUCGUCGUGUCAUAAGGCCAUAUUUCCAGAAAACACGUGCUUUGGCUAUUAUUUAUGACGUGAUCACAUGUAUUGCAACCGGCCUGUGCAUGGCGGAAGGAGGUGUUCCAUUUCAGCUUUUAGAACUACGCUUGAGUAUCGACUACUGGAGGUAGGUAUGCUGUGAAAGUAGGUUUACUGUGGGAAUGGUGGUUGGGAACGAGAAUACUCUGAAGGUGGGUAUUCUGUAGAAACCCCAGCCUUUCAGACUUGAACGCUUUAAAAAUAAGUAAAUCAAAGUUUAAUCCUCAAAGUAAACAAACUGUCCUUUGAAAAGAGUAAUUAUUUAGAGAAUAUCUAUCCAGGGAGACCUAAUAUUUUCCUUUUUCUUGUGGCUUUGGGGUGAUUUUAUUCCUUUACAAUUUUUUAAUUCAAUCUUCUCUCUUCUGGGUUUCACUUGGCUGUUAUAUGAAAGACGGGAAUAAAAGACAUGUGACAGGGCUGGCAAACGCGCAAAAUUUACACAAAUGUGCAUGCCAUAAAAUUUCUGACCCAAGAUUGGCUGGAAUUGUUGCAUAGUACUUCUCUCGUGCGGUAGACUACGGCGAGGUUCGUCGCACAAGCAAAAAAAAUUCAAUAUAUUAAAAAAAAAAAAAAAAAAAAAGAGAUACUGGAAUUUGGAACUCUGGGAGAAAGGAGCACGGAGCAGCUUACUCUUAGAAUUCCGCACCGCGCCAUAAUAUCAUUAUUUUUUUCACUAGUAUUUUUUUGUUUGUGCGAUGGACUUUGCUUAAAGGGAAAUGUUUUACACCCAGAUUGAGAGUCAUAAGAGAAGCGUUCUUAAAAUGUCAUAUCUUUCUCGUAGGUCCCUGUACUUCUAUGCCCAUAUUUGGUGUCUGUUGCAAAUCCUUGUCUGUCGGGGGGUAGGAAAGCGCAUGUACACAAGACACGUGGAGACUCGACCCAUGAGGCCAGAGUCUAAGGAAGAGAAUAAGAACUGGAUUUACAAACUGGAACACAGAGGGGCAAGCGCGGAAAUAAAUCAGGACAAAAAACUUAAACUCAACUGA